CCCAACAACAAUACAGAAGAAACUUUCCCUACAUGCCCACCCUUUUUCCAUGGCUACGACCGGUUUGACAGACCCCUCUUCCACCCACGAGCUCUUUGGAUUCAUAACGCGGAGGCGGUUUUGUGAGUACACCUUGGAAGAACUCGACCAAACCACCUUGCCCGUCAAAAGCCCGCCAUUAGGUCGUCGAAAAGCACCGGGCAAGCACACCAGGAGAUGGAUAACUUGUUGCUUGAUGUUGCUGGCUUUCUCCACGCUGCUCACCAAGUUUGCGUUGAUCAGAAUGUUUAAGGAUUUCAGUGACAUUGAGAUAUCGAUUCAUCAAACAGUUUUGGAGGAGACCGGCGGCCUAAACGGCCAUGAGGACAGAGAUGAAGGUGGUUCCAUCCAUAUAAUCUCCCUACCGAAUCCGAAGAAGGUUGCCAAGAACGUCGAAGAUGAAAAUGCAGGUGAUUCCAUGCAGAUAUCCUACUCGCCAGAGAUGUCCACGAAUCCUGACAUUUGGAACAACCCCAACAGCGACGACUACUUCAAAUGCAUGCACUCUUCCAGGAAUGAUUCGAGCAUUGUUUCCCACACUAACGGAUAUCUCAUUGUCAAUGCCAAUGGAGGCCUAAAUCAAAUGAAAACCGGAAUAAGUGACAUGGUUGCCAUAGCAAAAAUGAUGAAUGCUACUUUGGUUCUUCCUCGCCUAGAUCAUAGCUCCUAUUGGACAGACAAGAGUGAUUUCAAAGCUAUAUUUGAUUGGAAGCAUUUCAUAGAAGUAUUGAAACAUGAGGUCAAAGUUGCAGAACAACUCCCACCGGAAUUCAAAUCAAUUAAACCCCUAAAAAAGACCCCAGUAUCUUGGUCUAAGGCUACUUAUUACAGAGUACAUAUGGCUAAUUUGUUAAAGAAGCAUAUGGUUGUCAACUUUACACAUACCGAUUCUCGUCUAGCUAACAAUAAUCUUCACAAUAACAUCCAAAAACUCCGCUGCCUUGCAAUGUAUGAAGGACUCAAAUUCCAAGAUCAUAUACAAAAGUUCGCCAAGACAUUGAUCCAGAGACUUAGAAACAAUGGCACCCCAUUUCUUGCUCUUCAUUUAAGGUAUGAGAAGGACAUGCUUGCUUUUACAGGCUGCAGUCACAAUCUCACCAAAGAAGAGGAUAGUGAGCUAAGGAAGAUGAGAUACAAUACUCAGCAUUGGAAGGAGAAAAAGAUUGACGGGGAGGAGAGGCGGCGCCAAGGCAUGUGCCCCAUGACUCCAAGAGAAGUUGCAGUGUUUCUUGAGGCAAUGGGAUACCCUUUUGAUACCAAAAUUUACAUAGUAGCAGGGAAAAUUUAUGGCAAAGAUGGAAUUAAGCCUCUUGAAGCUAGAUACCCAAAUAUAUUCACCCAUUCUAAUCUGGCAACAAAGGAGGAAUUGAAACCUUUCCUAGGUCACCAGAAUCAGCUUGCAGCUGUGGACAACAUGGUAGCAGUAGAGAGUGACGUUUUUAUUUACACCUAUGAUGGUAACAUGGCAAAAGCAGCUCAGGGCCAUAGAAGAUAUGAAGGUUUUAGAAAAACCAUUAGUCCUGACAAAGCAAAUUUUGUAAGGUUGAUUGACCAGUGGGACAAAGGUUCAAUGACUUGGGAAGAGUUUUCGUCAAAAGUGAGGCUCUUACAUGCUAACAGGAUAGGAGGACCAUAUCCUAGGUUGCCUGGAAUUUCCCGAAAAUCAGAAGAGAAUUUCUAUGCAAAUCCAUAUCCAGGUUGCAUCUGUGACAAAUCUGAUGCACCGAAGGGGCCAAAGUUGAGUUGAAAUUCAAGAAUUCUGUAACAUAUCUAGCUCAAGCGCAAAACUAAGGAAUUCUACAACACAUAUGGUUCAAGCUCUAAAACCACACAACAUAACAAGCUAUUAAGGAUGAAACAACAAGACACUACUGUACAUAGAAAAUUAUGGCUAAGGCUCAACGAUCAGCAAUUUUUUCACCUCAUGUUGAGCAAGUUGAACCACCGGUCAUCGUCAAGCUUGGGUAACUGGAUUACAAAAUGAAUAUAAUAGUUACUAGAUU